CGCCCGAAAGGCCACCCAGUGCCCACUUCUCCCCGCUGCUGUCCUGGAGAACGGGAACAGGGGUCGAUAAAGUCAGCAUCAUCCCGGAGCCUCAUCCCGGGGCCUGACACCGAUGCUUUUGUGGGCCCAAACGGCUGCAUGAUGAAGGUCAGGGCUGUUGUCCCUUCUCUGGCUCCCGGAACCCACACAAGGAUUUGUUGUCUGAAGAAAUGGAUACUUCUCCAUCCAAAAAAUAUCCAAUUAAAAAACGUGUGAAAAUACAUCCCAACACAGUCAUGGUGAAAUACACCUCUCAUUAUCCCCAACCUGGGGAUGAUGGGUAUGAAGAAAUCAACGAAGAGUAUGGUAGAUUUAUGGAAGAAAACCCAAAGAAAAGUCUGCUGAGUGAGAUGAGAAGAAAAGGCAGAACUUUGUUCGGUACCCUGGACACUCAGCCUUCACGAUCAGGAGAUCCAAGAGCCAGUAGCAUGGGGCAGUUCCAGAGUUUUGCAGAAAAAAACAUUUUUCAGUCCCGGAAAAUGUGGCUAGUGCUGUUUGGGUCUGCUUUGGCGCAUGGAUGUGUUGCUCUUAUCACGAGGCUUGUUUCCGACCGUUCUAAAGUUCCAUCCUUAGAACUGAUUUUUAUCCGGUCUGUCUUGCAGGUCUUAUCCGUGAUAGUUGUGUGUUAUUACCAGGAAGCUCCCUUUGGGCCCAGCGGAUACAGAUUACGACUUUUCUUUUAUGGAGUAUGCAAUGUUAUUUCCAUCACCUGUGCUUAUACCUCCUUUUCAAUAGUUCCUCCGAGCAAUGGGACCACAAUGUGGAGAGCCACCACCACUGUUUUCAGUGCCAUUUUAGCCUUUCUGCUUGUAGAUGAGAAAAUGGCGUAUGUUGACAUGGCUACAGUGGUUUGCAGCAUCUUAGGUGUUUGUCUUGUCAUGAUUCCCAACAUUGCUGAUGAGGACAAUUCUGUGUUAAAUGCCUGGAAAGAAGCCUUUGGGUAUACAAUGACUGUGAUGGCCGGGCUGACUACGGCUCUUUCUAUGAUAGUAUACAGAUCCAUCAGGGAGAAGAUCAGCAUGUGGACCGCACUGUUUACCUUUGGUUGGACUGGAACAAUCUGGGGCCUGUCUACUAUGUUUGUCCUUCAAGAACCCAUCAUUCCUUUAGAUGGAGAAACAUGGGGUUACCUCAUUGCCAUCUGCAUCUGUUCUACUGCAGCAUUCUUAGGUGUUUAUUAUGCCUUGGACAAAUUCCACCCAGCUUUGGUUAGCACAGUACAACACCUGGAGAUAGUGGUAGCUAUGAUCUUACAGCUUCUAGUGUUACACAUAUUUCCUAGUGUUUAUGAUGUUUUUGGAGGGGUGAUAAUUAUGAUUAGUGUAUUUGUCCUUGCUGGCUAUAAACUUUACUGGAGGAAUGUAAGGAGGGAAGAUUAUCAGGAAAUACUGGACUCUCCCAUUAAAUGAAUACCUGGUUAUUACUAUCAUCUUGUUAAUGUCUAGUCAUUAACAUGUACACUGCCAUUUUAAUAUUUACCUGUAGAUGUCUUUUGUGUUAUAUUAUUGAUAGAGUGCUAUAAAGUAUAAAUAAUUAUGUAGAUG